CUCUCAUUUCUCUGGCCCCUGAAGAUGAAAUCAGAAUAAACUUUCUCUCCUCUCUCUCUCUGUGACUCUGCUCUACGUCUCCUUGUUUUUCCCGUUCUUGUCUUAUUGUCAGCAGCUCGACCUCUGUACUGGUCUCCGGCACCAUGGACCGCGCUGUGGACGGACUGGACGCUGCAGGAUUUUUACAGAUCUGGCAACACUUCGACGUGGAUGACGAUGGUUACAUCGAAGGAAAGCAGCUGGACGCCUUCUUUCAACACAUGCUGGAAAAACAGGGGAUGAAGAGAGAGGAGAUAACUGAGGACAGAAUCCGACGGCUCGGAGCCAGAUUCGUACCUGCUCGUGACGCCGCAGCUGACGGACGUCUGCAGAUCCAAGAGCUGGCCACCAUGAUGCUGCCAGAGGAAGAAAACUUCCUGCUUCUGUUUCGCAGGGAGACGCCGCUGGACAACAGCGUGGAGUUCAUGAGGAUCUGGAGGAACUACGACACAGACAGCAGCGGCUACAUCUCAGCCGUCGAGCUCAAGGGCUUCCUUCAGGACCUGUUCCUCCAACACAGGAGGUCCGUCACUCCUGAAAAGCUGGAGGAGUACACUGACACCAUGAUGAAGAUGUUUGACAAAAACAAAGAUGGCAGACUGGAUUUAAAUGACCUGGCCAGAAUUUUGGCCCUGAAGGAAAACUUCUUACUGAAGUUUAAGAUGGACGCCUGCAGUCAGGAGGACAGGAAGAGAGACUUUGAGAAGAUAUUUGCUCACUAUGAUGUCAGUCAGACAGGUGCGUUGGAGGGUCCGGAGGUGGAUGGAUUUGUCAAGGAUAUGAUGGAGCUGGUGAAGCCCAGCAUCAGUGGGACAGACCUGGACAAGUUCAGGAAAGCCCUAAUGGGUCACUGCGACAUCAACGGAGAUGGAAAGAUCCAAAAGAACGAGCUGGCUCUCUGCCUUGGCCUCAAACUCAGCUAACAGACCUUCACAACAUCUACACAUGCCUCCUUCCUCCUCCAGUUUUUUUUUCCUUCAUCUCUAUUCGCUGUUACUUCCUCUCUUCCCUCCUUCUUUACUUCCUUACCUUUUACUCCCUCCUUUUUUCUCUUUCUUCCCAUGUGACUUCUCUUCCCUCUAAGUUUGAUGUUACCAUGAGCACAGUACAUUCCCACAGUUUUCUAUAUUUUUCUGUAUUAAAAUUCCAGCAGAAGUGAAUAUGAAAUGUAUUAAAAUAGCAUCCAUGCCACCAUGGUUUAAACAAAGACUUAAGCUAUAAAAUGAUAUCUAGCUGGUGUCUUAUGAUGAUGGUCUUUUUCAUGACUGCAUGGUAUGCUCCUUCUUUGUAAUGUGGUGAAACUAUUUGCUUGACAUUAAUGUAAAAUAAGUGAA